AUGCGGCCCACGACGCCAAACCUCAAGAUCGCCAACGGGGCAGCGGGCAGUGGGGGCAUGGAUCCCGCCUCACCGCCUCAGACCCCAACCUCUGUCUCGCCAGUCCUCUUCCAUCACCACCUCAACCACCACAAGGUCGCCUCUCGGCUGCCGCCCAACAUCCACCCUAUAGGUAACAGCCACCAAUUCAGCUAUGUGCGGACCGCCAACCGCUUCGCACAGCUGUCUCCUCAGAGCAGCUCUGAGGAAGAGAAUGACGAGGAAGAGGACGAUGACGAAGAAGAUAAUGAUUCCGACAUGGAGUCUACCGAAACCGACCUGCCUCGAUCGUCGAGUGAGGAGGAGGAGGAUGACGAAGACGAAGUCGAUGAUGACGACGUCGAGGAGGAGGAAGAAGAUGAUGUUGAUGAUGACCACAACAUCAAUGCUCCACUACCUGCCGCACGCAAAGUGCUAAACGUCCCAAACAAGGUGGACGAUGACGAUGAUGAUGACGACGACGAUGAUGACAGUGAAGAGGACGAGGAAGAUGAGGACGACUCUGACUCGGACGAAGACAUGCACGAGCCCCAGUCCGUCCCUCAUAUUACGCUCGCCCCAGAGCCGCCAACAGACCGCACAACGCCGGUUGUUGCCAACUUUACCGUUGAGGAGCUCUCCGAUUUUGACCCCAUGGAUGACAAUCGUGUCGGCGUCAUUCCUCCAACAAGCUUCGAGUACCCCGAAUCAGACCGCUCGCGGUCCCGCUCUCGCGGCGCUGGCAGCUCGACAAGCGAUGUCUCAGCCCCCAAGAACCACACCCAUCUCCCGCACCGACCCCGCCCAUACCCAGACCUAGACAUCAACAUGAUGCAGCACCUCCAAAACCUCAACUGCAGCGGCUCGGACGACGGUGAGGAAGAGGAUGAUCUCUUCGACGCCUCUGACGAUGCGGCACACAAAGAAUUUGUCCUCGCGCAGCGUGCUCUCAAGAUGCGCAAGCGCCGCUCCCACGGCAGCUCCAUCGGCAAGCGCACGCACUCGGAGCGCAGCGAUAGCGAUGGAAAAGAAGACUUGCCCGACACGCCGUGGGAUGCUGUCGGCGCGAGUGCGCGCAGGCUGAGGCGCCGCGUGGGCGACCGGCGAAGCCUGCAGUUUCAGGACCCGCCGCCCGAGAGGAUCGAGGAGCUCGAGGAGCCCGACAGCUGCGAGGAGGGACGAGGCCGUCUGAUGAGGGGCUUCGGCAUGCUGUUUGGGGACGGAGAGACGCUGGCGCGCGAGCUGCCAUAUUAUGCGAUGGAGAUUAUGGAGAUGGACGAGGAUGAGUAG